AUGGACGUUGGUGUAGGGGACAUUAUCCAGGGUGCAAAGAUCGUCUGGGCAAUCUACACGAGCUUCAAAGACGGACCAGGAGGAGCGAAAUCUGACUUUGCUGCAUUCAAAACCGAGUUCAACCUCGUCCGAGCCACGCUGGAGAAACUGCAAGCCAUUGCGAAUAAGUAUCCCGGGGAAGACCUUGACCUUGGAGAUGGCUACCAGCAAACGAUUGCACAAUGCGCCAGCUUUAUCAAAAAACACAGAUCACUUACUAGAGACGUAGGGAGACGACGGAGCGUGCAGGAACGACUCUUGAGUGCCUGGGAUACGGUCUCCUGGCCUCUCGAGCGCGCGGAAGCUGAGCUGCUGAGGGCGCAUCUCGAAGGACACAUUCACUUCGCGACCCUCAAGCUUACCGCCAACAAUCGGGAUGACACAAGGCAGAUGAGAACGGAGCAUGUGGAGAUUCUCAAAGCAGUCAGGGCAAUGAGCGCACAGGUCUCUUUGAUUCUUCGACGUUGUGCCCCUGAUGAGUCUCCCGAUGCCCUCGAUGUCAAAUAUCUCUCUAGAACCCACCGUCGCCGUCUGGCCCACUUGCUCGAACCCAUCCCUGCCCUGAACGCCAUUCCCGAGAACGAUGUCAUCGCACAAUCCGAGAGCGACGCUGCAUUGCAGCGUAUCCAAGUGAUCACCGGCAGGCUAGAAUAUCUGGCCACUCGCUUGGAUACCAUCGGCAGACAGCUGACGCCGUCCCCAGAACGCAUCAGCCCACUCAGACGUUCAGACACAAGUGGCAGCAUCGGCAGCGACACCACCAUUAUCUCCCCCGUAGUCGAACUGCUGAACCAGAUAGGAGGCGAGGUACAAGAAGCACUGGACAAGGUUGGAUACGAGCAUGUCAUCGUCCCCAGUCGGCAGCAAACUGAUUCCAUCGGGAGAUCGACCAAGGCGCUCAACAACGCCGCAGAGGAUUGGGGUCUGUUCAAAGAGCGGUUGCAAUUCCGCAUCAUGCACCCUCUCGACGGGCCUUCUCCACGACUCGACUUUACUGUAGGGCAAUUGGACAUCGCCCCUGAACCGGACCCUCCUCCCAGGACGCCACGCGGCAUGUCGUCUCCUGAAGAAUGGCACUCUCCCCGACAACCAUCGCCAGCACGAGUCCCUGUGCGACCCGCCGGCUCAGCCAUUAUUGAGACAUGGCCGUUCGACUCCGACCCACCCCAUUCUCCAGUCUCGGUUGGUUCAACAUGGCGUCGUCGAUCCAGUAUCCCUUCCCAACUGCUCACUGAACACCCAGUGCAAGUUUUUUUUCCAGACCCAAACCGCAGGGGCAGCUAUGUGCAUCCGCCGGUAACCUGUUCCGUAACCGCGUUCCUCGAUCCCAGGUCCAGCAGGAGGGACGUGAUCGAGGGCAUCAACGCUGAAACUGGACUCAAGCUCGUCCACUCGCUCGAUCGCGAAAAUCCGUCGAAAAACGUCAAAGACUCCAUGAUGCCGUACCUGAUGUACAGUCGGCACUCAUCAGCUGCAUCGAAUCCGCUUUCCAUCGGCUUCAUGGGAUCACAUCAGAUCGAAAUAACGCAGGACGGGCGUGCGGACAUGCUUCAUGUCACACCAAUCUAUGUUUGCCACGAUAAGCAGGACUUUGACCGGUUCCAAAACACACUCCUCCGCCGCACCGUCCUCUUCAACGGAGAUAUCAAACUCAUCCAUUCGAGUACUCUGCCGGAAGGCCACUGCUCCCAGGAGACCGUCCGCGUUCUGCAGGAUCCAACCGGUGCCCUAUCCAUCCUUUACUUCGGAUCUCACCGUGGACCAUCCCAUUCACCUCGUUUCUUGGAUAUCCCAGUCUCCGACUUCUGUGCCCCCAAACGAGAAGGUAGAACCAAGAUCCGACUCCCGGUCUCCGGCACCCGAAGACACAGCUUCACAUCGGGUCUCUUACCACGCCGGAACUCGGUGGAGAGCACAGUCACCGCUACAUCGCAUGACUCCCGGACAUCCCGUGCCUCGGGAUCCUCGUCUUCAGGGUGCGAUGCGUGGUGGAAGAAGGAAAAGUGGAUUCAGUUUGACUUUGUGACGGAAGACGACUCCGAGGCGUUUGUCUCUGCCUUGAACCUGCAGCAAGCAUCCAUAUAG